CAUUGUCACUCAAUCUCCUUUUGUCACCGCUGCUAUGUUUCCUCUUUGCUAGCAGACACCAUUAUGAAAUACUGUAAAGUAAUUUUCGGCUCAUGGAGAACUACAAGGAGAAGUAAAUGUUUUAAUAAGGAUACAAAAAACUGUCCAACCGAACAGCGCCAGACGUCAGAGCAAGUGUGGCAGUUGCAGUGGAUCGCCACUAGAGGGCAUCCUGGGGACACGACGGGACAAGUUGCUUCUCCAAAGUCCUCCACAACCCCUUCUCUCCCCCUCCCGCCCCUCCCGCUUCCUCCCAUCCUGCACCCUUGAGUGUGGGUAUAAAGCAUCCCUCCACGCUGCUGCUCUGAUGUACAAACAGCGGCUCAGCCUCCGAAACUCUGCAUCCAUCUCCUGAGAAGAUCUCAUCUGUCUCCCACCUCGGGACUGCCCCCUUCACCCCUACCGUCUCCACCUCCCAAACCCCCCUUCCGCCCCCUUCCGUCACCUCCCCCACUUAAUUUCUGAUCAAGUUGGGUCAGCAGGAGGCUUUUCCAUCAGGCGACGCGCUGGCUGGUCCAACAUGAUGAGCACAUGGUGCUGCGCUCUGCUGCUGUCAAUCAUCUCUUUGGUGGUCAGAGUGGACUCAAGGUCAGGAAAUGCUGACGUGAGAGAAAGUUCCAAGUCCAAAAUGAAGACCUACUGGCCUGAGAGCAGCAAGGCUCUGUCCAUCAGUCGCCUCCUGGCUCAGACGCUGGAGAGCAAAGAGAACUUCACGUCUCUGGAUGUGGAUUUCCACGAGGAGGAGUCCAAGCAAUGGAAGUGGCUUUACAACAUCUCCAGUUCCUCCGCCCGUGAGGCGCGCUCCCGGGCCAAGAGGAGGCCCAUCGUGAAGACGGGCAAGUUCAAGAAGAUGUUCGGCUGGGGGGACUUCCACUCCAACAUCAAGACAGUGAAGCUCAACCUUCUCAUCACUGGAAAGAUCGUGGAUCACGGCAACGGGACCUUCAGCGUCUACUUCCGCCACAACUCCACCGGUCAGGGCAACGUCUCUGUGGGGCUGGUUCCUCCCACCAAGGCCGUGGAGUUCCAGGUCCAGCCGCCCCCCCAGUACCACCACCAGCACCACCUCCACCACAUCCAGCAGACGGCCGUGGAGACCAAGGAGACCAAGCUGUUCAACUGCAGGGUGGAGUACGAGAAGGUGGAGAAGGGCACCAGGAACUCGCUGUGCGCCCACGACCCCUCGCAGAGCUGCGCCCAGGAGCAGACCCAGAGCCACGUGUCCUGGCUCUGUUCCAAGCCCUUCAAAGUCAUCUGCAUCUUCAUCACCUUCCACAGCACCGACUACAAGCUGGUGCAGAAGGUGUGUCCUGACUACAACUACCACAGUGACACCCCCUACAUGCCCACCGGCUGAGAGGGCAGGUGGGGGGGUCACGGAAUGCAGGCCACCAGACUGGUCCUAGUCCGGGACCAAGCAGAAGCCCAGUCUCAGGCAAAAGCAAAAGCAUAAAAGAUGAAAUAUUUAUGUAAAUAGACAGCCUAUGACAAGUUGAUUCUUCUUCGUUUUGUUGUUGUUGAUGUCAUUAGUGACUUCCUGUCUCCUUCCAUUUCAUCCAAUCAGACAAGAUUAAUCAGCGUCGGCAGCCUGACGAGGAAAACAAACAUUUAUUCAAAAACUAAGGAUGACUGAACUGUGAGUACAUGAACUUUUAUGGUGCUGUUGGUGUUAAGGUGGUGGGAAACCAGCAUGGACCACUUGGUGGUGGUGGUGGUGCGUUUAGGGUCCUUACAUGUGGCAGACUGUCACAAUUCAUCCCCAUUACUGAGGAAAUGUGUAAUGAUUGCAAGAUGGCUCCCUUUACAGACUUGAGGUGGGUGGGGCUGAACCCUAACCGGCCAAUCACAUCCAGUCCAUGAAUAAAAGAAACACAAAAGAUGAGACAUUUUAUUUCCUUGUUGUGUUUGUUCUGGUGGUAAUUUACACGCUUACAGUUUGGCAGGCCAAUAACUCCUGAAAUUGCAAGGAAAAUGGGAUCCAGCAGUGGGACGAGGAGUCGAACAUAACGAAAACAAGGUAAGACAGCAAAUAAAAGCUACGCUGGGCUAACUUUAGCUACGGAAAUCUGACUUUCAUGUUUUAUAUAUUGGAAACCAACUACCUAUGCGGGCGGCACGGCAGUCAAGUGGUUAGCGCGCAGACCUCACAGCUAGGAGACCAGGGUUCAAUUCCACCCUCGGCCAUCUCUGUGUGGAGUUUGCAUGUUCUCCCCGUGCAUGCGUGGGUUUUCUCCGGGUACUCCGGUUUCCUCCCACAUUCCAAAAACAUGCUAGGUUAAUUGGCGACUCCAAAUUGUGCAUAGGUAUGAAUGUGAGUGUGAAUGGUUGUUUGUCUAUAUCACGCCCGAAGACACCUGGGAUAGGCUCCAGCACCCCCGCGACCCUUGUGAGGAAAAGCGGUAGAAAAUGAAUGAAUGAAUGAAUGAACUACCAAUGCUCAGAUCAGUCGGCCACUGAUGACAAUGGUCUGAUUUCCGUGAAAAAGCGUGUAAUGGGCGUGGUAGGCCUUUCAACGUCGAUCACAAAAGCUGAUCACCUGUGGCUCGUAUGUAGCGAGCCCCCAUCGCCCACUUUGCUUUCCUUCACACUGCGCAGGUGUAUCAACCCUGAAACAAUCAUGUCAUUUUGAGAGUGAUGGCUUUGACUUUGUCUUUUCCAUGUUUUGCCGGCAACUAUUAUCAUUUACCGAGGCUAAACCAACUCAAAAUUUCACAUUUUCAAAGUGAAAUAGCAUGUUUGAGGCUCUUGUUCUGCAAUAUGAUAUAUUAACAAUGAAAUGUGUUUUAUUUUGGAGCAAUUACUUGUCUGAGUUCAAUUUCUUACCUUAUAAUUGACCUGAAGGCACCCACCCCCUUGGUUUCAUCCACAUUAUGUGGUGGACGUUUGAUGCCGUUUGGUGGCGCGAGUAUCACGCCUGUCGUGCUGACUCCAUGAGAAUUUGGUGAGCGCUGAGCAUUAGCACAUUUUUUUUCUUAUAAUAUUAUGACUUCCACCCUCGACCAUCUCUGUGUGGAGUUUGCAUGUUCACCCCGUGCAUGCGUGGGUUUUCUCCGGGUACUCCGGUUUCCUCCCACAUUCCAAAAACAUGCUAGGUUAAUUGGCGACUCCAAAUUGUCCAUAGGUAUGAAUGUGAGUGUGAAUGGUUGUUUGUCUAUAUGUGCCCUGUGAUUGGCUGGCCACCAGUCCAGGGUGUACCCCGCCUCUUGCCCGAAGACAGCUGGGAUAGGCUCCAGCACCGCCGCGACCCUCGUGAGGAAAAAGCGGUAGAAAAUGAAUGAAUGAAUGAAUGAAUAUUAUGACUUUAGCCCAAAAUAUUUUUACUUUAUUCUCAUCUUCUUGGAUAUAUAUUCUUUGUUUUUCUUUUUUUUAAUAUUUCAACUUUAUGCUUCUGAAAUAAUUUUUUUUCCUAUUAUCACUUAAUUCUUGUAAAAUUGCAACUGUUACAACUGAACUCUUAUUACUUUAUUACUUUAUUCUUCUAAUAGUUUUGACAUCAUUCUUGUAAAAUUACUGCUCUUUGUGUACUGUUGAGUUUUUUUUUUCAGCUUUCCUAUUUCAUUUUAUUUUUAUAAUGUGCCGAGGGCCAUGAAAAACAAAAUGGUUGUGGGGCUGCAAAUGGCCCCACAAAUGGCUGCACUAUAUGCCCAACCUUGCUCUAUAAUAUUGUAAAAUAUUAUAUGGUGGUUAGCAUGUUGGCCACACAGUCAGGAGAUCAGGAAGACAGAGGUUUGAAUCUCGGGAUGUUUGCAUGUUCUCCCCGUGGGUGCAUGAGUUUUCUCCGGGUACUCCGGUUUCCUCCCACAUUCCAGAAACAUGCUAGGUUAAUUGGUGACUCCAAAUUGUCCAUAGUUGUGAAUAUCCUCGUAAGGAUAAGCGGUACAGAAAAUGGAAGGAUGGAUGGAUGUCUUACUGCGUCCAACCUCAGCAAAAAGCCUGUAUCCAAAGUUAGGAUGUGGACCCCAUGUGUCAUCUCCCGGGGUCCAUGGUGUACCCCGCCUCUCUCCCGAAGUUGCUGUGAGAGCAUACCCUCGUGACCCUAGUCAUGAUAAGCGGCAUAGAAAAUAGAUGGAUCUUCAAAAGUCAGCCAACCUUUCAUCUACAACAGGGGUCUCAAACUCGCAGCCCGUGGGCCAAAUGCGGCCCGUGAGACGCGAGCUUGAGGCCCCCACCUUGAUACCAAAGUUUAAUGUUGAAAUGACAGCUUAAAGCUGUGUGCACACCGGACACAAUUAACAUGAUUUUGCCCCGCCCAUGCUGUUACCCUACCCUGUUACCCCUCCCUGUUUUGCUUUGGAUUAGCAAUGAAGCUAAAGGCUUAUGACGCUGGGUACAAAUAGGAAUAGCAGGAAAUGAUUUGGAAUAAAAGGGAAAAUACAUGUCAAGAUAAAGCAUCUCAUCAAACAUGUUGUUAAAGUUACGACGCUGCUCCCAGAUGGAACUGAGUACGAUGCUAACUUGCUAAUUGGGUAAAAUUAUUAAGUUUCAUUAAUGUUCAUGUUAAAGGUUAAAUAACUGUUAAUACUGUACAUUUGAAUUUGAAAAAAAAUAUUUCUCUACCAACUGUAUGUGGUUUCUUACGUUUUUCUUAUUUGCUGUUUUAUUAUUUUUUUACUUAUUUAU